AUGCUCGCAUACUCUUCUCGCAAAUCUUUUUUCUCGCCUGCUCUGCCCGCACGCGAAGGCAGUGCAACCUAUUCUCCAACCCACGUCUUGACAAGACGGAGUCCCCUUGGCGGUGCCUGGCGCUCUGUCACGCGCAAACUUACCAAGAGCAAAGCCAGCGAAACAGACGACUCUACCAACGGCAAGCCUGCAUCGGGCGCCUCUCCGCUAGGUUCGGUGCGCUCCGAGCCAGUAGGCUUGUACGGUCGUCCUUCGGACGUCUCUCCGCUGCUGCUAAGCCCAUCCGCAUCAUCCGCCUACGGAACGGCCGAGCAUCGAGCAGCAUUCUACGCCAAUCGCGCACGUUCCCGCGAAGCGUCUCGAGGAAGCAGUCCAGCCGACUCUUUGCCGCCGUCCGUCCAUCGCGCUUUCCAACAGAGUCGAUCGCCCGACGACCCAGCAAGUGCCCGAUCCGCAUCUCGCACAUCUGCGCGACAAAGUGCGAGGCUCAAGGUGCUAGCGGAAGGCAACGAGAAUCCACGGUAUGGUGUGUAUGCAGGUUGGGUGAAGCAGGGCUUUACAAGUCGACAUUCCGAGAGUCCUGCCCCAAGAGUGGAAGAAGCACCAAAGUCGACUCGAUCCAGAUCCGCUUCCAUCUCGCCCGAGCCAGCCAGACCCAGCAACAUCAGUCCAGCAUUAUGGCACUUUCUCUCCAAAGAUGCCAAAAGGGGCCCUUUCAAGCAUGGAAUCCUCCCAGGCUGGGGCGCAAAGCUGCGAGAAGCUUCGCGCAGCAGCAGCAGCGCCGCGCAAAAUUCCCCGCCGUCGGACGGUCAAGAAUUCGAGGAGCUGCAACGCGCACCUUUCUUGCAUCGCAGUCAGAGCUUGCCCUCCAGUCACUCGUCGUCGCAAAACGGCUCUGCACGCAAUUCUCCCACCAUCCAUCCCUUGGCACUGCCUAGCAGCGCCGCUCCCAGCCCCGGUACAGCAACGCCCGAACGCGGUCGAAGUCGCUUGGUCAAGAGCAAAAGGACAAAGAAGGACAAAAAGGCGGCGGCGACGGCGGCGGCGACGACAACGACAACGACGACGACAACGCUGGCGACGACAUCGCGGACCGGACUAGCGGCUCAUGCGAGGCAUAUCGAAAGAUGGAUACAGUACCACCCUCCGGACGACGCGCGCGCGGUCAAGCCUGAGCCCGCUCAGCGGCUAGUAGCGAGUGACGCGUCGCCCAAAACAACCAAGACUUAG